ACACGAUAAGGAACUGGAUGAGUUUGUGUGUUACAUGGAAAGCUUUUAAAAAACGUUUCUCGGGUGUCAUGUUUGUUUUCAGUGUUCAGUUUAUGCGUUUUUCAGAGACCUCACAGUCUUUUCUCUUUACGAAACAUUUUUUUAUCAUCUUUUCAGUGCUCAAUAAUUGUAGAAGUUCUGCAACACCUAUUGCAAGACUUUCUAAAAAUGCAAGUUUAAAUGGAAUACCUCACGUUUGUUAUGCGUUGGCUCGCAUUCAGCAAUUAGCAAUUUAAAGGCAAAAUUGUAAUUCUGAAUGUGUAAAAAGUCGCUGUGGUAGAGCAAGAGGUAAAUAUUAAGAACUUUAGUUUUAAUUGGAGGUUCUGCAUAGCCACAUUUGUUGGAUUUCUAUGCUGUACACUCGAGCAAGGUUAUAAAACUCGGUGCAGGUUUUAAACGUUGCAGUUGGAGGUAAAUCUACAUUUUUCGGUACUUCCUCUGCAAAUGUGAAUCCGUCGUUGCAACAAUACAAGUUUGCCCUUUUUUGGAAAUAGAAAUACAGGUUUUAGCAACGGCUGGACUUCUUCACCUUUAUGCAAAGUCUUCAGUGCCUUUAUUUUAGAUUUGGAUUAUGGUGGUUUUAUAACCCCAGCAACAGUUCUGCAGUAUAGAACAGGUUCUGGCAUACACACUUUGCCCUAAAGAAAGUUCUAGCUUUAGGUAGAAUGCCAUGAACAAUACCUAAUUUUCUGGCUUCAGAGGAAUCCUUCAUGACUUAUUUUCUCAGGUUCUCACUGGAUAUUGUUCUUCCAAAGAUUCAGAUGUCUGCUUGGGUAAAAGACCUUGAGCAAAAUUCUGUACUGUUCCUGCCAGAUGUAUGGAGGAAUUGAUUUGCUCACUGUAAGCAAAAUAGCUGCUCUUGGUUGAAGGACUGAAUCCAAUCAGAUGAAGAGUGUCAAAAGGAGUCUACGAAUGAGACACCAAGAUGGCAGUUCCAGUGGUGAUUGAGAGGUUGAGGAAAUGGACUAAUGCAUGAGUGCUGUGAUGUGUCUGUCCAAGAAAAGGAUGUUAAAACGUGGAUUCUCAUGUUAUUAAACCAGAGAAGAUCUGGGUUGUGAUCAUCCUAUCAAAAUGGACUUUGCAUUUGAAUUAAUCAGUGACUAUCCAAUGAUGGAUCCCUUUGAGGACUGGGUGGCAGAAUUUUCCUUUCAGAUUGGCAAAUUAAUUUGGUUGAAGAUCUGUUGCUACUCCUUUGGAGAAAAUGUAAUUUUUAAACUGACUUUUAAUAAAAGGUUUUGGUUUCUGUCACACUUUGUGUUUGUCCUUUCUGGCUGAAUAUUUUUAUUGUGUUGAUAUUGAAGUGGGUUACAUUUUUGGUUGCUAUUAAAGUGAGAAAUACUUAAACUACUAAGUACUGAAGGCAAGGCAAAAUUUUGUGCUAUACUUGAUUUCAAAUGUGGUUUUCAUUUGCAAAUUAUGCUCACUUUGCCAUGACUUCCAAUGAAUUUUUAUUCGCUGGCUUGUUCAUUCAGGUGCUUAAUAUGAGGGGUUUUCAGUACUUGGCCUAUUGUCAGGGCCCUUCUGCUGAACUUUGUGAAGUUAUUUUCAGAUGGAAUUGAUACAAAUUGAAGGCUGGAUAAAUAUGACAAUAAAGGAGUACUUUAAUGUUUUGUUCAACUUUUUAGGUAUGUUCUUUGGUUGUGUAUGUUUCGGUUGUGGGUACAGAAACUUUUCAACAUAUUUCCUUGACAACAUACUUCCUAAACAGUCUCUUUGGUCUUAAAAUUGUUCUGUGCAGGUGUCCAGCCUGCUUCCCUGCUCUUGCAUGUAGCCUUAGCAGGGCAGUACUGUACCAUGUGUUUGGGGAGAAAGAAUGGGCUUAUUUUUGAUAUUGCUACAGAUGACAUGUUAACCUUUGCAAAUGAAUUUUAAAAUGGUUCUAAUGUUCAAAACCCCAGUUUCCUUCCAGCUUUCUAGUGGAUCGAGUAGUUGAACUGUAGGCACUUUUCUCUAUGUAUUUUACCUGAAAUUCACAGUUGUCUUUGUUUUGUGCUGGAGGGCCAAGAUGACACACCUGGUGCUGAGAUAACCUUGGUGUUCUCUUUGAAAACCCAAACAAACCCUCAUUCAUUGUGUGUUUAGCCACUUGCCUUGCUUAGACUUCUUUGCAAAUACCCAUUUUUGCCAUGAUGGUUGCUCAUACCUGUUCCAUCCAGCCGUUUUGAUGGUACACACUUGCUCCAGCUUGGUUUUGCCAUGUGUUGUUUUGUGGUAGAGUUGGAUACUGGGACCAACCUGAAGGGAUCCCCAUUCAGAUGAGUGGAUUUCCUCAGUGUUACCUGAAAUUGCUUGGAAUGGUCUUGCAUUGGUUUUUUUGUUUGUUUUUUGCUGUUGGGGUACAAAGAGUCUUUUGUAAAUAACUGUGGAAUUCUUUAAAAUGGACUGUGGCAAUGGAGUGUUCCUCAUGGAACCCUUUGUGGAAAGAGGAUGAGUGGUUGGAGGAUGCAGAUGGCAGGGGUGUGUGGAGGAGUUGAAGGGGACUAUGUUGGUUCUACUGGUCGAAGCCAAUGGUUUUGGACUGUUGGGAUGCUGUGCCAUGCAUGUCCCUGUAGAACCCCAGACUAGCCCAUUACCCCUUUCCCUUCCAGUGGUCCCCCCCACAGUGUCUGAUGGCUCUGUAUUGUUGUGAGGCUUUUGAAUAACCAAGAUGUCCUUGUGCUUCGAGGAAUUGGUUUUGCUUGUGGAAGACGAAUGGUGGUCAGAAUCAAGCAGUCGGGGUUGCUUGGAUCACCUCCAUUCCCUCAGUGUUACAUCCUCUCAAUUCCAGGAGGUUGUGUUGGAGAUGUCCAUUGAUUUCCAGUUCUGCAGCUUGGCUGUUGCGCAGCUUUAAAAUUAAUUUGUCAUGUUAAAAUCUGUUACAGACCAUGAAUGGGUUAAGAGAGUGCAUUAAAAGUAACUGGUUUAAUGGGCUUGGAGUGACUUGCCCUCAGUGCCUUGGUGUAGCAGAUGGAAAUGGUGUGCCUGUUGCAUUUGAGUUGGUGUGGAAAACCACUAGGGAGGCGCUGUUGAGCUGGAGGGCAAUGUCGACCCUACUGGCCUGGAUUGGGAGUGGGUGAUGCUCCUGUACCACACUGCCAGUGCCAGUGUUGGGGGCUGAAGGGAAGAGCUGUUGUCUGGGGAUUGUGCCAUUGAACUGGGGGGAUGCUCCCCCUUGGGUGGGGUGACCCCCAGGGUGGGCUGUUUGGUGCCUGCAUGGACGUUAGCUCCACUCCCAUGCCUUCAAAAUGGCUUGUAACAGCACCACUUCCUGUCCAGGGAGGAAGUAAUUUUAGCCCAGGCACUAAAAUAUUUAGCAAAUCUUUAAAACAAAAGGCACAAAUUCCACUUCUUUCUGGUUUCCAAAGGGUGCCUGAGCCACAUGGGGUUAAGAUGCCCCCUGAGCUGGGGUAGUUGGAAAGAGCCAGGGCUGUGGGGUAGCAGGCACCCUUUAGGUGGAGGCUCUCUUUUUUUGGUAGAAAUGAAGGGGUGGGUCUAUGGUACAUCACCUGAGUUGUGGGGUAAAUGUAGAGAGUGUCAAUCAAAGACAGAGCUCAGAGCUGGGAAGGAGCUCUAGAUGGCGGCUGUGCCUUAGAGAGAGCGCGCUCAGCUCCGUGCCUUCCCCAACACUUUACGCAACUUUCCCUAACUUUCGGGCAGCCUCAGGGGGCCCCCACAGCCCCUUGCCUCUCCUAGGCACUAAUCGGGGGCUAAGUGGACCUUUUUCGGGCAGAAAAGCAGCUUUUGAGGGCUCCCUUUUCGUGCCUUGCUGGAAAGAAGAAGCCGUGGAGAGAGCCCAGGUCGUUGUUUUUCCAGCUUAGAAGCCAUGGCGUACCUCCAUUUUUGUGCGCUCUCCUAAUGAGCUUUUUCCCCCGGACGUUUUUGUACUAAUUAUUGCUUCUUUUGCUUUAUCGGCAGCAUAUUUUUGGGAUUAGUAUAUAUAUUUUUUUUUCAUUUUCUGAAAUUUGUAUUUUAUCGGUAUAAUUUUAAGUAUUUUGGAUCUAAUGUUUUUCCAUUACCCGAAACUAAUAUCGACUUGGUCCUGGCGGCGGUUCACGGAUCAGUAAAUACCUGGGCACAGGACUUCAAAGCAAACAGACACCCCUGACCCCCUCUUAAUAUUUUAAGAAUAAAAAGAUGAUGAGAAAUAAGGACAAAAGCCAAGGAGAGGAGGGUUCAGUCCACAGCAAUGCAUCGAGUCACUCGGCAUCCGAAGAAGCCUCUGGCUCUGACUCUGCAAGCCAGUCUGAAAGCGAGCAGGGCAGCGAAUCAAACAGCAGCUCGGAGUCCUCUGAGAGUCAGUCUGAAUCCGAAAGUGAAUCAACGGGUUCCAAAUCCCAGCAGACCCCUCCUGAAACCAAAGAAAAACCAGCCUCUAAGAAGGAAAGGAUAGCAGAUGUUAAAAAGAUGUGGGAAGAGUAUCCUGAUGUUUAUGGGGUUAGGAGGUCAAACCGAAGCAGACAAGAACCGUCACGAUUUAAUAUAAAAGAUGAGGCAAGUAGCGAAUCUGAAAAUGAGAGCCCAAAAAGAAGACGACAGAAGCAGUUGAAAAGAAAAAUUAAAUGGAAAAGAGAGGUCUCUGCUGGGGAGGAGGAUGAAGAUGGAGGGGAGCAAGGCACCAGUGGAGAGAGUGAACCUGAACCGAAGAAAAUUAAAGCAAGAAGACCUGUCCAAAGGAGAACAGUGGCCAAAACUGGUGUUAAAAAGCCCCACAAAGUCCAGCGUGGGAAGAGAAAGAAACCAGACUCAUCUGAAGACGACGAUGAUGACGAAGAUGAUGAGACCCCCAAGAGACAAACUCGACGCAGAGCAGCCAAAAAUGUCAGUUACAAAGAAGAUGAUGAUUUUGAGACAGAUUCUGAUGACCUGAUAGAGAUGACCGGGGAAGGAGCUGAUGAACAGCAAGACAACAGUGAAACUAUUGAGAAAGUCUUGGACAUCAGGCUUGGAAAAAAGGGAGCCAUUGGUGCUUCCACCACGGUUUAUGCGACCGAAGCCAACGGCAACCCCAGCGCGGACUUCGAUCCUGAAAAGGAUGAGGGGGAAGUUCAGUACCUGAUCAAAUGGAAAGGCUGGUCAUACAUCCACAGCACCUGGGAGAGCGAAGAGUCCUUGCAGCAGCAGAAAGUGAAGGGCCUGAAAAAGCUAGAAAACUUCAAGAAAAAAGAGGAGGAGAUCAAGCAAUGGCUGGGCAAAGUAUCACCUGAAGAUGUGGAAUAUUUCAACUGCCAACAAGAGCUGGCAUCAGAGCUGAACAAACAGUAUCAAAUAGUGGAGAGAGUAAUUGCUGUGAAGACCAGCAAAUCUGGCACGGGACAUUCAGAUUUCCCAGCAAACAGUCGCAAAACAUCCUCAAAUGAUCCCGAAUACCUGUGUAAGUGGAUGGGGCUGCCCUAUGCUGAGUGCAGCUGGGAAGAUGAGGCUCUGAUAAGCAAGAAAUUCCAGCACUGCAUCGACAGCUUCAACAGUCGGAACAACUCCAAAACGAUUCCCACCCGGGACUGCAAGGUAUUGAAGCAGAGACCGAGGUUUGUUGCUUUGAAGAAGCAGCCCUCGUACAUUGGCGGUGAGAACCUGGAGCUGAGGGAUUACCAGCUGGAGGGCCUCAACUGGCUCGCUCACUCCUGGUGCAAGAACAACAGCGUGAUCCUGGCUGACGAAAUGGGACUGGGCAAGACGAUUCAGACAAUAUCAUUCCUGUCAUACCUGUUCCAUCAGCACCAGCUGUACGGCCCUUUCCUGGUGGUGGUGCCCUUGUCCACUCUCACCUCGUGGCAGAGGGAGUUUGAAGUGUGGGCACCUGAGAUAAACGUGGUGGUUUACAUCGGAGACCUCAUGAGCAGGAACAUGAUACGUGAAUACGAGUGGAUCCAUUCUCAGUCUAAAAGAUUGAAAUUUAAUGCACUUAUCACAACAUAUGAGAUCCUCCUCAAGGAUAAGACUGUUUUGGGAAGUAUUAACUGGGCCUUUCUAGGCGUGGAUGAAGCCCAUCGGUUGAAAAAUGACGACUCUUUGCUGUACAAAACAUUGAUUGAUUUCAAGUCCAACCACAGGCUGCUGAUCACCGGCACCCCACUUCAAAAUUCACUGAAGGAACUCUGGUCCCUGCUGCAUUUCAUCAUGCCAGAGAAGUUUGAGUUCUGGGAGGAUUUUGAGGAGGAUCAUGGGAAAGGUAGAGAGAAUGGCUACCAAAGCCUUCACAAAGUCCUGGAGCCUUUUCUCCUACGAAGAGUGAAGAAGGACGUGGAGAAAUCUUUGCCAGCCAAAGUGGAGCAGAUCCUCCGGGUGGAAAUGUCUGCUCUGCAGAAACAGUAUUACAAGUGGAUUUUGACAAGAAACUACAAAGCUCUUUCGAAGGGAACAAGGGGAAGCACAUCUGGUUUCCUGAACAUUGUGAUGGAAUUGAAAAAGUGCUGCAACCAUUGCUACCUUAUCAAACCUCCUGAGGAAAACGAGAGAGAGAAUGGCCUUGAGACCCUCCAGUCUCUGAUCAGGAGCAGUGGAAAGCUAAUUCUCUUGGACAAGCUGCUGACCAGGCUGCGGGAGAGAGGCAACAGAGUGCUGAUCUUCUCCCAGAUGGUGAGGAUGCUGGACAUCCUGGCAGAGUACCUGACUAUCAAACACUACCCUUUUCAGCGCUUGGACGGCUCGAUCAAGGGGGAGAUCCGAAAGCAGGCGCUGGAUCACUUCAACGCCGACGGCUCCGAGGACUUCUGUUUCUUGUUGUCAACACGAGCUGGAGGGCUUGGAAUUAAUUUGGCCUCUGCUGAUACUGUUGUUAUCUUUGAUUCGGACUGGAACCCCCAAAAUGAUCUUCAGGCUCAGGCCCGAGCUCACCGGAUUGGACAAAAGAAGCAGGUGAAUAUUUACCGCCUGGUCACAAAGGGGACAGUGGAGGAGGAGAUCAUUGAGAGGGCCAAGAAGAAAAUGGUGCUGGAUCAUUUAGUUAUCCAGCGUAUGGACACCACUGGCCGGACUGUUCUGGACAACAACUCUGGGAGAUCCAACUCAAAUCCUUUCAACAAAGAGGAGCUGACAGCUAUUCUGAAGUUUGGAGCUGAAGAUCUCUUCAAGGAGCUUGAAGGGGAAGAGUCAGAGCCUCAGGAGAUGGACAUCGAUGAGAUUCUGCGUCUGGCUGAAACACGGGAGAAUGAAGUGUCCACCAGUGCCACCGACGAGCUCCUCUCCCAGUUCAAGGUCGCCAACUUUGCAACCAUGGAGGAGGAAGAGACAGAGCUGGAUGAGCGGUCCCAGAAGGACUGGGAUGAUAUCAUUCCAGAGGAACAGAGGAAGAAGGUGGAGGAGGAAGAAAGGCAGAAAGAGUUGGAGGAAAUCUACAUGCUGCCUCGAAUCCGGAGCUCAACUAAAAAGGCUCAGACAAAUGACAGCGAAUCAGAUGCAGAAACUAAGAGAAGGCUGCAGAGAUCAUCUGGAUCAGAGAGCGAGACUGACGACACCGAUGAUGAGAAGAGACCAAAGCGCAGGGGACGUCCUCGGAGUGUUAGAAAAGACACUGUGGAAGGAUUUACUGAUGCUGAAAUCAGGAGGUUUAUCAAGGCUUACAAGAAGUUUGGAUUGCCUCUUGAAAGGUUGGAGUGUAUUGCCCGAGAUGCUGAGCUGGUGGAUAAAUCUGUGGCUGAUCUGAAACGGUUAGGGGAGCUCAUCCACAACAGCUGUGUGUCAGCAAUGCAAGAAUACGAGGAGCAGCUGAAAGAAAAUCCCGGGGAAGGGAAGGGACCUGGAAAAAGACGAGGUCCUACUAUCAAGAUUUCUGGUGUCCAAGUCAACGUGAAAUCCAUCAUCCAGCACGAAGAGGAGUUUGAAAUGCUGCAUAAAUCCAUUCCCGCAGACCCAGAGGAAAGGAAGAAGUACCGCCUGACGUGCCGUGUCAAAGCUGCUCAUUUUGAUGUAGACUGGGGAGUGGAGGAGGAUUCUCGCUUGUUAGUGGGAAUUUACGAGCAUGGUUAUGGAAACUGGGAGCUAAUUAAAACAGAUCCGGAAUUGAAGUUAUCCGAUAAGAUCCUACCUGUUGAGACAGAUAAGAAGCCUCAGGGAAAACAGCUCCAAACCCGAGUUGAUUAUCUACUGAAACUGCUGAAAAAAGACCUGGACAAGAAAGAAAACAUGAAAGAUGGGGAAGAGGGCAAGCUAAAGAAGAGGAAACCACGAGUAAAGAAAGAGAACAAAGCUCCCAAAGUCAAAGAUGAGCAUGGGAAUGAACUCUCCUCUCCUCGGCACUCAGACAACCAGUCAGAAGAAGGUGAAGUCAAGGAGGAUGGCUUGGACAAGAGCCCGGUGAAAAAGAAACAGAAGAAGAAAGAGAACAAAGAGAACAAGGAAAAACAGACAUCCUCUAAGAAAGAAAAGGAAAGUGACAAAGAGAAAAAGAAAACAAAAGACAAGAAAGAGAAGCCUAAAGGUGGUGAGGCCAAAUCUGGGAGCAAAGGGAAGAGAUCGCAAGGUCCCGUCCACAUUACUGCAGGGAGUGAACCGAUCCCCAUUGGCGAAGAUGAGGAUGAUGAUCUGGACCAAGAAACAUUCAGCAUAUGCAAGGAAAGGAUGAGACCAGUCAAAAAAGCACUGAAGCAGCUUGAUAAGCCUGAUAAGGGACUGACAGUUCAAGAACAGCUGGAGCACACACGCAACUGCCUCCUAAAAAUUGGUGAUCGCAUCUCUGAGUGCCUUAAAGCCUACACUGACCAGGAUCACAUCAAGCUAUGGAGAAGGAACCUAUGGAUAUUUGUGUCAAAAUUCACAGAAUUUGAUGCCAGAAAACUACACAAACUCUACAAGAUGGCUCAUAAGAAAAGAUCGCAGGAAGAGGAGGAGCAGAAAAAGAAGGAGGACACGUCCAGCAUGAAGAAGCCGUUCCGCCCAGAGCCUUCAGGCUCCAGCCGUGAUUCCGUGAUGUCCCAGUCUCAUGUGCCUCACAAUCCUCAUUCCCAGAAGAUCCAUAUGCCCCCUUCCCACACCCAGCAGCAGAUGCACGGGCACCCACGUGACAACUAUGGCCACCCAAACAAGAGACACUUCAGCAACACAGACCGAGGAGACUGGCAGAGGGAUCGAAAGUUCAACUACGGUGGCAACAGCAACCAGAUGUGGGGCGGGGAGAGGCACCACCAGUACGAGCAGCACUGGUACAAGGACCACCACUAUGGGGACCGGCGGUCGCGGGGGGAUCCCCACCGGAGCUCCGGGAACUACAGACCAAACAACCUCUCCCGCAAGAGGCCGUACGAGCAGUACAACAGCGACCGAGACCACAGGGGCCACCGAGACUAUUAUGACAGGCACCACCACGAGUCCAAACGUCGACGGUCCGAUGACUUCCGGCCUCAGAACUACCACCAGCAGGAUUUCCGACGGAUGUCUGAUCACAGGCCGCCCAUGGGAUACCAUGGCCAAGGACCUUCGGACCACUACAGGUCCUUCCACACGGACAAACUGGGAGAUUACAAACAGCCCCUCCCUCCGUCUCACCCUGCAGUGUCGGACCCUCGCUCGCCCCCCUCUCAGAAAUCCCCCCACGAUUCCAAGUCACCUCUUGAUCACAGGUCACCUCUGGACAGGUCAUUGGAACAGAAAAACAAUCCAGAUUAUAACUGGAACAUUCGGAAAGCAUAAAGGGGCUGAGAGGGGAAAGUGCACGUCUGAAAUACUCGUAUUGGUGUGGCGGUGGCUGCUUUCUCCAAACCAGCAACGAGAAAUUCUGAACAUGCUGCUAUCGUCUGGCUGGGUCAAGGAGGAUUAUGGGGAAGUGGGUGGAGGAAGAUUUUCCCUAAUUCUUGAUUCUGGUUUGGAUUCCCAUUCCCUUUCCCCUUUUUUUACCAUUGAACUGUUCUAUCAUGGAACCAGCCUUGCUGCCUCGGUCUUUGUUUUUGUUUUCCUCAGUCCAAUGGACCCAAGGGAAUUUUCCCCAGCCAGUGUUUCCUCAGAAGGAGAAGGCAGAUCGAUGCUGCUUAGGAUGGUGCAGAAGGCUUUGAGCCUGCUCCAACUUGAUGUUAUGUGACAGAUGCUGCUUUGAGAUUGAGGAUAAACUGGUUUGGCAGGGAUUUGUGUGUAACCAGCAUGGGGCAAUGGGAGGAUGUAUUCAAGGAGGGACAGGAAAGACCCUCAACAGCCAACUUUGGUUGAAAGAGGGACUUGCUGUUCCUGCAGAAUGAGCUAUGCUGGUGACAAUCCAUCGCUUUCCUGGCCAUGUAAUCAUUUCCAUGUCUUUAUCCAUUUCAAGAAACUGUCUCUGCUCUGAUUUCUGUUGUCCCCUGCAACAGGAGAGCUGGGGGGGAUCUCCCUCCCAUCUCCAGGGCUGGAACUGGCAAAUCUUGGCUCUGGGGAGGGCAGGAGUUGGGAUACGUGAAAAAAAGACCGACUUCCUUAGCAAAGGCUUAAUUCACUUCUAACCAGUAG